CUGCAGCUUUCAGCGCAUAUUCAGCGUGUGUCCCACGGUCAGUUGACCUGAGAAUUUUGUCUUAUGGUCCUCUGGUAAUCAUAUUGUCAUCAUGUCCCGCUGUCUCGCUCUUGCUCGGUUUGCACUCAGUUAUUCUCAGAGAGCAAAUUCACAGUUAAUGUCAUGUGCACGAGGGCUUAGCAGCCAGACUGUUUCGCGCUCACUAACUGGAGAUUUGCAAUUUGGACAGCAGCAAAGGUGGAGGAGUCGGCCCAGGGUAUGGGAGUGCCAGCGGUCCUGCCUUGGCUUCAGUCAGCAGUCUUACUACAGCACCCAGGAGGUUGAGAAAGAGCCUGAAGAGGAACCUCUGCACAUAAUCAUCAGUGAUACAGAGUCUGUGCAAGGUAGUUUUUCAAAACAUGAAUUUCAGGCUGAAACAAAAAAACUUCUGGAUAUUGUUGCCAGGUCUUUGUACUCAGAGAAAGAGGUUUUUAUUAGGGAGUUGAUUUCUAAUGGCAGUGAUGCUUUAGAAAAGCUGCGGCACAAACUGAUCACAGCUGGUGGGGAAACGGCAGCAAUGGAGAUCCACCUGCAGACAGACGCAGCAAAAGGAACUUUUACAAUUCAGGAUACAGGAGUUGGUAUGAGCAAGGAGGAGCUGGUGGAUAACCUGGGUACUAUUGCCCGCUCUGGUUCAAAGGCGUUCUUGGAUGCACUGCAAAACCAGGCAGAUGCCAGCAGCACCAUCAUCGGUCAGUUUGGAGUUGGUUUCUACUCUGCCUUCAUGGUGGCCGACCGUGUCGACGUCUACUCUCGCUCUGCAGAGCCUGAUGCACCUGGAUACAAGUGGUCCUCAGAUGGCUCUGGAGUUUUUGAGAUUGCAGAGGCCAGUGGUGUUCAACAGGGAACAAAAAUCGUGCUGCACCUUAAAAAUGAUUGCAAAGAGUUUUCCACUGAGGACAGAGUUAAAGAUGUUGUAACAAAGUACAGCAAUUUUGUGAGCUUCCCUAUCUUCCUAAACGGACGGAGGCUCAACACUCUGCAGGCCUUGUGGAUGAUGGAGCCGAAGGACAUCAGUGAAUGGCAGCAUGAGGAGUUCUACCGCUACGUAGCUCAGGCGUAUGACAAACCUCGCUACACUCUGCACUACCGUGCAGACGCCCCACUCAACAUCCGAAGUAUCUUUUAUGUCCCUGAUUCGAAGCCAAGUAUGUUUGAUGUGAGCAGGGAGAUGGGCUCCAGUGUAGCUCUGUACAGCAGGAAGGUUCUGAUCCAGACUAAAGCUACUGACAUCCUGCCCAAGUGGCUGCGAUUCCUUCGAGGUGUGGUAGACAGUGAGGACAUCCCCCUGAAUCUGAGUAGAGAGCUGCUGCAGGAGAGCGCCCUCAUCAGGAAGCUUCGUGAUGUUUUACAGCAGAGGGUGAUCCGCUUCCUGCUGGACCAGAGCAGGAAAGAGCCAGAGAAGUACAACAAGUUCUUCGAGGAUUACGGCUUAUUCAUGAGGGAGGGCAUUGUGACCACCCAGGAACAAGACGUCAAGGAGGACAUCGCAAAGUUGUUGAGGUUUGAGUCAUCUGCUUUGCCAGCUGGCCAGCAGACUAACCUGAUGGAGUACGCCUCCCGCAUGAAGGCUGGCACACGCAACAUCUACUACCUGUGCGCCCCCAACCGGCAUCUGGCAGAGCACUCCCCCUACUUUGAAGCCAUGAAAAAGAAAGACAUGGAGGUGCUGUUCUGCUAUGAGCAGUUUGAUGAGCUCACCCUGCUCCACCUCAGGGAGUUUGACAAGAAGAAGCUGAUCUCAGUUGAAACUGACAUCGUGGUGGAUCACUACAAGGAGGAGAAGUAUGAGGACAGCAAGCCAGCUUCAGAGCGUCUGACGCAGGAGCAAGCUGAUGACCUGAUGGCCUGGAUGAAGAAUGCUUUAGGUCCCAGAGUCACCAACAUAAAGCUGACACCUCGCCUGGACACCCACCCUGCCAUGAUCACAGUGCUGGAAAUGGGCGCUGCACGCCACUUUCUCCGCACCCAGCAGCUAGCCCGCUCUGCAGAGGAGAGAGCCCAGAUUCUGCAGCCCACGCUGGAGAUCAACUCAGGACAUGAUCUGAUCAAGAAAAUGUACGCACUGAAGGACAUGAACUCUGAACUGGCUGGACUGUUACUGGAACAGAUCUAUGACAAUGCCAUGAUCACAGCUGGCUUGAAUGAUGAUCCACGACCGAUGAUCUCCCGUUUAAAUGAUCUCCUGACUAAAGCGUUGGAGAAGCACUGACUGCUUGUAGAAUGAUGAGGUUUUGGUUCAUAGACUGAAGCAUCUGCAGCAGAUGAAGGUUCAACAGAGCUGUGUGAGAGCCAUUCCAAAACACUGCAGGCCCUUAUUUAUCUGAAGCUGUAAAAACACUUUUCACCCUUCUGGAGUACUUCUGCCGAUGGAGUGUGUGCAAAGGCUAAAGGAAAUAAUAUAAUGAAAGUGAUCUGGUGGAAGCUUCUUCUUAACAUGUCUGUUUGUUACCAUUUUUGUUUGGAGUAAAUUAUUAGGAGGACUCGCUGCCAUUAACAAACUUAAGUUUUGAUUGUUGUCAUGCCUGGAAAUGUGAAUUACUCAUGAAGGUGUUUGCCAUCUUCUUUUUAGUUUUUGUCAAGUUUGACACUUGGGAUUUAAUUUUCUUCCCGAAUACAAACCAGAUAUAAAAACUGUCACACUGAGCAGAAAAAAAAUGACAUUUAACAGGUCAAAACAAACCUGUUUUAAAGUAUUUCAUAAUCCUGCCAAAAUGCAGCAACAAAUUUAAAGCAGCAAGCUGUUUAUAAACAGGAGCGAUGGUAGUUUUGUUGAAAAAGCAGCACAUAACAGCUGAAUGGAGGAUUUCCCACUUUGUAAAAAUCCAUUAUUUCAGUGACUUAAAAAAUAAAUGGUUGAAAUGUUUAUGAACAUGUUUACAGCUGUCAAACCUGGUUAUUAGUGCUGGUGUACCUACUUCAGCUGCUAGGCUGUAAACCUGGAUCAUCAUAGUGUCAGUCAUAAUAAAGAGGAAAACCCAAAACUUUUCUUUAAAAUUGUUUUACUACAUCUCUACUGCAAGGGUCAAAACAUGAGAAACAUCAGCUUCAAGACGUCAUCGUCCUGCAUUCAGUCUGUCUCAGGCUGAAUAUUCGCUGAAGGCAAGAGUUCAAAUUAAGUGAUUCUCAGUAGCUCUGGCGUCCCAGCGCUGUCAGUCUAUUUGAACCACAUCAGGGCACUUGCAGCCCAGGCUCUCUCCUUUUGUGAGCCAUCCCAAUGCAGGUCUCACCUCCCGACUGGCCAACAUCAAAUCCUAUGGAGAGUGUCAGGAAAGUUUGUCUAUAUUGGCCAAGAAGCGUUGGGCCCACCAUUCAUCCAGAUCUAUGGGCACAAAACCUGAGAAGUGAGAAAAGAUUUUAGUGGUUGACAAAAUUACAGGUCAGACCUUUGUGUGUAGUCAAGUUUACAUUCAAACACCAGAAAACUUGUAAAUGUAUAAUAAUGAAUUAGAUUAUUGAGCUUCAAUGGAUCCAUUAUUCAUCACCUCAUUCAUUCUUGGUGAUGGUAAGCUACAGGUGUAGCUACACCUGCUAGUAUCUAUAAGCAUGCCAUUUAGUGCCCAAAAACUAUACCAGAAAUGCAAGGAUAAUGCUAGUUAUUUCAUUAACAGUAAAAUCUGUGUUUAACCCAAGCUGGGUAAUAGCUGUUUGACUCAAAAUACAUUACAUGGCUAAAAUGACUCAAAUUAUAUUUAAAGUUUUCUGCUGGAAAGGCUGUUAGCAUCAAAAUAGCCAUUAGUGAGGUAGCACUUUCCAUGCGCUUAAAAACGUAACACUGUAGAAACAAAAAGCAAUCUAACAAUGGAAUCAACCGAUAUUAGUCUAAUUAAAUUUUAACCUUCAGCAGUAUAAAUAACAAAAUUUCUUCUUAAAAAAUAUUUUCACAUUCACCUGUCCUUUGGUAGACUCGGCGGGAAGAUGCAACUCAUCCCAUCAAGUUAAUUAGAAGCAACAUAUGCCACUUCCGGUUUUUACUCUUUAAAAAUUAACAGAACUGUAAAUAUAUGUAAUACAAGUUCCCAGCAACAUUAAAAUUACUGCCCACCAAGAGGCCCUACAACUCAGUUUAAGUUAAAUCGGAGCAACCUAAACCACUUCCUGUUCGCUGUU